GGAGCGUCGGGUAAUUGUGGCCGUGUCGGCCCCGCCCCUUCCCCGCGGCGCAGCGGAACCGGCCGGGCGGGGAGAACGGAGCGAGGAUGAGCACCAGGCAGGUGACGUGCAGGUACUACGUGCAGGGGGUGUGCCGGGAGGGGAACAAGUGUCUGUUCUCGCACGACCUGUCCAGCAGCAAGUCCUCCACCAUCUGCAAGUACUACCAGAAGGGACAGUGCGCCUAUGGAGCCCGCUGCAGGUACGACCACAUCAGGCUCCCUGCCUCUGGGGGUGCAGCAGCUCCUGUGCCUCCUGCUAUGGCAUCAGCAGCGCUGCUCAGCCCUCGCCCUGCACCUGAGCACAGCACACCUGCAACCAAGAGCAAGCUGCGGGAGAGUGGCAAACGGGAGAAGAAAACGCUUGUGCUCAGGGACAGAAAUCUGUGUGGCUUGAAUGAAGAGAAGGAAAAAGCCAGUGCCGCAAAUGAUGUGGUGUGUUGCAGUGACAAAAGUGAUAAUGUGGAAAUGAAGCCUCAUUCGUAUUUGGAAGCUAUUUGCAGUGGGCUGGAAGAUCCAGUAGCUGGAAGUUCCUUUGGUGAUGGAGAGCAGCUGUGUCCUUACGCUGCAGCAGGAGCGUGUCACUUCGGGGAGCGCUGCCUUUACCUGCACGGGGACGUGUGUGAAAUAUGCGGGCUGCAAGUGCUUCACCCUUUUGACCAAGAACAGAGGAAGGCUCAUGAGAUGAUGUGCAUGGCAACAUUUGAGCAUGAGAUGGAGAAGGCCUUUGCCUUUCAGGCGAGUCAGGACAAAGUAUGCAGCAUCUGCAUGGAAGUGGUGUAUGAAAAGCCAUCAGCCUCAGAGAGGAGAUUUGGGAUCCUCUCCAACUGCAACCACACUUACUGCUUGUCCUGCAUCCGGCAGUGGAGGUGUGCCAAGCAGUUUGAGAAUCCAAUCAUAAAGUCUUGCCCAGAGUGUCGUGUGAUAUCAGAGUUCGUCAUUCCCAGCGCUUAUUGGGUAGAAGACCAGGAGAAGAAAAACGAGCUGAUUGAAGCAUUUAAGCAGGGAGUGGGGAAAAAACCCUGCAAGUACUUUGAACAAGGGAAAGGAACUUGUCCAUUUGGAGGCAAGUGUCUUUACCUUCACGCCUAUCCAGAUGGGACACGAGCUGAGCCUGAGAAACCAAGGAAACAGCUCAGCUCUGAGGGAACCGUGCGGUUCUUCAAUUCUGUUCGCCUGUGGGACUUUAUUGAAGACAGGGAAAGUAGGACGGUGAGCAGCACAGACGAUCAAGUAACAGAACUCGGAGAACUUUUCAUGCACCUUUCUGGGGCUGAGGAGGAUUCUGCUACUUCUCAAUAAAGGCAAGCGAAGGUAAAAAUCGAUUAAGUCAUCAAUUCUUUUUCUUCUAACUGAAGUAUUGUAAUAAAGAGGAAUUAGGAUGCCUUCCCAUGCUGAAUCAGAAGGGCAUUACAGCACCUGCCUGAUCAUUCAGUACAUUUGUUGGUUUGUCUGAGAAUACUGAAAUCCACAGCAAUAACAAAAUGCAUUUGAUCGGCCUUCUUCGCCUGGGAACAGACAGUCAUUGCUGGCUGUUUCAUGAAAUCAAUACACGUGUUCUGUAAACUGAUGAACAGCACUACACCUCCCAAAGAUCCACAUACAUCUCUAUGGUAAGAUUUUAAGAACAAAGGAAAACAACCAGAGCCCAAGAUGGUUGUCUGUCACGGGGAACAAUUGUUGCUAUUAGAAAGGAAUGGUCCUUACAAGAGUUGCCUGAUAUUGCUCCAGUCGACGCACAUGGUUGGAACUUUAGUGCUGCAGUGCUCAUGGAAUUUAUAACCGCACGUCUGACACCGAAACCCAUUUAGGAGGAACUUCUGGCAGAUGUCACAGAAAGCAAGCUUUAGAAACGUCUUCCGAGCCUAGAAAAUGCAUUUAAUGAUUAAUCCAAGAUUCUCUUACUUAGCCAGGAUGAACAUCUUCAGAGCUUGACAUAAAUAAAAACAAUGGUAAAAUAUUA